ACAUGGCAGCGCCCUGAAGCGCUUGUAUGACAAUACACUUGUACGUUCCGCUCUGAAGGGGAGCCCGGAAGUCUUGCUGUGUCAACGAAGAGGUUUUUUUUGCCUUUCGCUACUGAAACAGAUCACUGCACAUUACCAUUUUUGCAAAUAUGGAGUAGAAAGGAAGAUGAAAAGAUGCCCAGACCAACAGCAGUCACUGUUACUGUGGCUACCCUAUUUGGCAUUGCAGCAGGAGGUCUCGCUGUGUGGAGGGUCAUCCAACAUCGAAAACAUAAAACUUGCAUUACACCAAACCAAGGAGGAAAUAUUAAGGAACGGGAAAAGAAAGAUAUCUCAGAAGACAUAUUUCGUUCAUUUUUACCUUCUCCCACAAUUUGUUGGCUGGAGGAGAUCCUUGAGGCAAAAGUAAUAAUCGUUUCUGAGGUAGAGAAGUGGAAUGAAGUGGAACCUAUAUUAAGGAAAGAGUUGGAAUGUUGCCCAGUCCUUGGAAUUGACUGUGAGUGGGUCUCAGUGGAAGGAAAAAAGGCCAAGCCUGUUUCUCUCUUACAAUUGGCUGCUUGUAAUGGACUUUGCCUCAUUCUUCGUUUGCCCCAGCUGACCAGUGGGGGACAAGUUCUUCCAAAGACUUUGCUUGAAGUUCUGGCAGAUGGCAAAAUCCUAAAAGUUGGGGUAGGAUGUUGGGAAGAUGCCAGUAAGUUAUUUCAUGGCUAUAGCGUAACUGUCAAAGGGACUGUGGACCUCCGCUAUCUGGCCCUAAGACAUAGUAAGACCUUCUCCACAAAUGGGCUCAGCCUGAAAUCUCUUGCCGAAAAGCUUCUCCAAUAUUCACUUGACAAAUCUCUACACUUGUGCUGCAGCAAUUGGGAAGCGGAACAAUUAACUCAAGAACAGAUUGAUUAUGCUGCCCGAGAUGCACAGGUGUCAGUGGCUUUGUUCCUCUACCUGGUGAAUCUUCCUUACCCCCCUUGGGCAUCAGGUGACAGACAUGUUCCUUCUGCUUGGGAAAAGGUUCUGAGGAAAUGUCAGGGUUUGGUGGAUGUGCCCUUCAGGGGAAAAAACAAUAGCUUUGGUGAUGAUGAAAACCUGGGAAAUGUGGAACAAAGCCCACAGUAUCAGAAACUUCCAUCUUUCCCAAUCAACCAGCAGGGGAAGGAUCCUCGGAAGCACAAAAGGAAGCCUCUGGGUGUAGGAUAUUCUGCCAGGAAAUCUCCCUUGUAUGAUAAUUGCUUCUUGCAUGCUCCAGAUGGGCAGCCUUUAUGUACAUGUGAUCGCAAGAAAGCCCAGUGGUAUCUUGACAAAGGCAUUGGAGAAUUAGUAAACGCGGAGCCAUUUACUGUGAGAUUAAAGUUUGAGCCCUCUGGACGCCCUGAAUCAACUGUGGAUUAUUACUUGACAGUCAAAGAAAAUCUCUGUGUUGUGUGUGGCAAAAAAGAAUCUUAUAUUCGAAAGAACAUUGUACCUCACGAGUACCGGAAACACUUUCCCAUCCAGAUGAAAGACCACAAUUCCCACGACGUGCUCCUUCUCUGCACCGCGUGUCAUGCGCUCUCUAAUUACUAUGAUAAUCAUCUCAAGCAACAACUGGCUGAAGAAUUUGGCGCCCCUAUUGGUUGCGAGGAGGGCGUUCGCUUGCUCGAAGAUCCCACCCGCAGAUUAGUCCGUUCGGCAGCUAGAGCGCUUGUGAAUGCAGACAGCCUACCUGCUGCCAGGAAGGAAGAGCUGUUGCAGCUGAUCAGAGAUUACUUUGCAUCUGACACGGUUUCCCCAGAGAUGGUGCAGGAAGCAGCUGGACUGGAAACCAGGAUUUUUAAUGAGAGCUAUGUGCCACAUGGCUUGAAAGUGGUUCAGUCUUUUGCUGAAGGGGGCUUAUAUUCUCUCAUGGGGCUGGAGAAACGUUGGCGCCAGCACUUCUUGGAUGUUAUGCAGCCCAAGCAUCUCCCAGCACAAUGGUCUGUUGAUCACAAUCACGACAAGUUGAUCAAGAAAUACGGGGAGGCUCUCCAGAUUGAACUUUCAUGAAGAUGAAAUGGUGAAACUGGAAAAUAUAAUGGAGACUUACUAUUUUCCUUCCCCCUCAUGUUGGAAUUAACAAGAUUCCACCCAGACAGUUACAUUGCGAAGGAAAUCUCACCAGCAUUGCCAGUUAAAACUAUUUUAAGCUAAAAAGUGGUUUUAAGUCUUUUUAAUUGUUUUGAAUUACAAUUUAAAUGUUUGUUUUAUAAAGAUCACCAUAGCCAUAUCUUCUUAGGAAAGGCCUCUGCACAUAUGUGGACCACUUUUAGUUUUUCAGAUGUGGCUUCUGAAGUGCAGUAGUACUACACUCACCGUUUGUCGUCAUUGGCCAUGGACACAGAAGACUGCAUGAAACAUUUGGAGGCUUUCAGGUUUCCAUCCCUGUUUUAUCUAAAGGUACCAUUAAGAGGGAAGAAGAGCAUCAGGUGUUUUUUUUAAAGAGAAUUUAUUUGUCUAACAGCAAUUAUAUAUCACUCAAAGCCCAUAUUUAGCUAUUAAAACUCAUGUCAGACCUGUCCCAGCUUGGUCCUUUAGGAAAGAAACAUUCUCAACUCCAUUUGUAGCAAAAAGGUUACAUUUACUAAAAGCCAAGUGAUUACAGUUAUGCGAAGCCAGAACUAAGAGUUUGUGUGCAAAGAUUCCCUAGUUUUUUUGUUUUUUUUUUUAAAUUUGAUUUAUAUGCCGCCCUUCUCCGGAGACUCAGGGCGGCUUACAAUGUGCUCAGCAAUAGCCUUCAUCCUUUUGUAUAUUUAUACAAAGUCAGCUUAUUGCCCCCACAACUGGGUCCUCAGUUUACCUACCUUAGAAAGGAUGGAAGGCUGAGUCAACCUUGAGCCUUGGCGAGAUUCGAACCUGCAGUAAUUGCAGGCAGCUGGUCUUAAUAACCAGCUUAGUAACAGGGUGCCUUAGACCACUGUACUACCAAGGCUCUUUGGUUUUGGAAAGUUUAGUUAACUUUCCCUUCUUGUGUCCCUUGUGUUUAGUUACAUUUGAAGAAAAUGUUUUGGUAACUAAUCCCCACUAGAUAGAUGGAUGUUACAUUCCAUCCCAAGACUGCAGUCUUGGAUGACUCAGGACAGCACGAAGUUUACUUUCGAUUUCCCCUUCCCUUGUCUUCCCCCAGCUCCCUUCCCCCAAAGCUCAUGGCAGUCUGGCAACUAGUGAAGCACAGUUGUGAGCAAAGGAUGGCAGCUCUGACAACUCACUGGGUAACUUUGAGGCAGUCCUUAUCGCUCACCUCACCUACAUGUGUGGCCCCAAGGAUGAAGAACAAGGGAGCCAAAGGCUUGUUUCAAUGUUUUAUUGUUCACUGUGGUGGAAGUUUGCAUUGUUUCAGUUCCAUUCUGCUGGAAUAUAAAACACACACAAUUUUUCAGUGGGAUUAUCCUAAUGGUGUUAUUUUUUUCUGAACUCAAAAAGUGUCCUUUUCCAAUUUAUCCAUUUCCCUACAUUGUGUGUCUCUGAUCCUCUACAAAAGAACAUUAAAACUUAAAUUUGUGUUGGUGGUUGCUUCCGAUAGGAUCUUUACCAGUUGGAUGAAAAAGUUAAUUUUUACUGAGGUGCUGAAUCUAACUGGGCAUUUACCACCUUAAAUUUUAAAUAGAUGCCAAUAUGAUAGAAUGUGAUAACUGGGAGUAUGUCUUUUGAUAUUAUCUGGUACUCACUGAGCUUGUGGAAACUGACAAAGUGGCUAAGAUUCCCUGUGGCAUCAGUGCUGUGAUUUAUAAAUUGGAUUCAUGCCCUCUUGACUGAUUUGGUCUGUGAAGAAGACGGAAGUAUUUGGAUGCGAGAGGUGGUAAUGGCUUCCUUGAGAGAACAUCUGAUGGUACUAGCCUUGAAAAAGGCAAUCCAGCCUUAUUUGACACUACUGCUGCUCUCUCUUCCAACGUCUCCCAACUUCAGAGGAUCCUAGAUGAAGCACAUUAUCCAGAUCCCAUUUACUCUGGAUUCAGAUCUGUCAGAGAAGAGACAUAACAUUGUGUCAAACUUUCAACAGGAGAAUGCCAACUCUGCAAAAAAGAUUCAUGAAUAUCAUUAGCUAAAUUUACUUUGAAGAAAGUAAAGAGCUAAUAUAGAGAAUCUUAGGAACCAAAUAAACCCCAAAUCUAGCAUUUAUUUAUUACUGAAUGUAUUUGUUAUUAGUGAAUUCACUUGGGCAGAGUCUCUAAUUUCUAAGAGCCACAUGAAUCUCUUGUUUCCGGAAUGCCAGGGUGAAGGUCCUUCCCUUUCUUUCCCAGACCUGGAGAAUUCACAUCUAGUCACUUUGGUGGAUGUUUUAUUUCAAGGAUAGGAAUGCAAGAAGUAUUCUUGUAGUGUAAUACAGGUAAUACAUUCAGUAACUAUCUUCAUAAUCUUUUGCAGUUGCGAUAGUGAUGAAAAAAUAACUUUAUUAUCAAUCUUAACAUUUAGGACUUUCACAGGUGUGUAAAGCAAAGGAAAGGUGAAGUAAGAUCAUAAACAUAGUUGCGGUUUCACUUAGUGACUACUUUUCUUAAUGACCAGGCUACUGGUCCCAAUUGUGGUUGCUAAACAAAGAACUACCUGUUCAUCCUUUUUGGUCUUAUUAGACUUUUCAUGGUAUCUCACUGGGCUACCUUACUGGGGAUGGGAGUUGAAAGCACCGUUUUCUGGUAAUUCUGUUCUUUCCUUAAGUGGAUGGUUCUAGUCAAUAAUGGGCGGCGGGUGGGGGGAGGAAAAUCAGGUUGAUGGGUUAGGGAAGAGUCUAGGUUGGUGGGUUAGGGAAGAACCCUCACUCCAUGGCUUGGUACCGGUCUGUGACCCGCUGGGAACUGGGCCACUGUCAGUCCACGGAGUUGGAAAGGUUGGGGACUGCUGGGUUAGGGGAUGAUGAUGCUAGGACUCAGAAAUGGGCCUUAGUACUGAGGAAUAUCCUUGCUCCCUGUUAGCACUUUUACAAGGCAGUCAAGACUAUUUUUGGAACAGAAGUUUGGGUAUUAGGUCUCUUAGCAUUCAACAGAUUGGGUGGAUCUCUCUAUUCUAAAUGUACUGUUUUGUUGGGUUUUUUAAAAAUUGGUUUUGAUAUUUAGUCUAAAUUGUCAUAAGUUAGGAAGAUGGUAUAAAAGUGCUUGUAAUAAACAAAUAAUGAAUAAAUAAGUUAAUUACCGAAGUUUGCAUCUUUCAUGCUCAGACACUAGCAGAUAAAUUAAUAUGGCAAGGAAAAACUUAUAACAGGAACCCUUUGUUGGAGAUCCAAUUUUCUCUAUGCUACUGGAUUUUUAAAAAUAGAAUUGCUUUUGGUCAUAUAAGCCUCAAUUUGUUAUCUAAUAUUAAUGCCUAUUCAUAGUUUAAACACCCAGGCCUCUCUUGAAGUGUUGAUGCUGGCAAAAAAAGAAGAAGGAAAAGUUCAGUUGAAAAUUAUAAUUGGAUACAUGGAAAACACAGAAAUGCCUCUGUUCUUCACAAGCAGAUAUUCAGCUGCUGUCAAAAGCCCUGAGAAAAAUGCCAUCUGCAAGCAGUUGGGACAGAUCAUCUUGGAGGGUCAUGACAAUACUAUAAUGUGUUUUGUGAACCAUCUAGCCUUUUCAAAUACAAAUUUAGUGCUUCUGGGUCUUGAAGCUUACCAGAAUGGUACUGACCUCUGAACUGAUGAAAUGCUGUGUGAAAUGUUUGAUUUUUUUUCUUAUGGAAGAGGAAAAAAAAAUCCACAAAGAGGUUAUUGGAGAAAGUUACUUUGUAGUGUGGGUGCAGAAGAUGGUGGGAAGCGGUAUAAAUAUACUAUUCUCCAUGCUCAUAACACACUGUAAAGUCUAAUGUAAAUAUCCUGCUUUUUUAAAAAAUGUGCCACUACCGAUUCAUCAUUUAUAUUUUUAAGUGUCUUAAUGUUCUUUUUAAAUUAAAGCUUUAAAAACUA